AUGGCCGCUGGUCCAUUUAAUUAUGGAUUGACAACAAUGCCGUCAGGAUAUGAGCAGGACCAUACUGUGCCCCUAUGGGACGUGCCAGAUGCGUCAAUUGCCAGCCAUGACAUGCCGCUGUUUCAGAUUGGCACGGUGCAAUACGCGCUGGAUGCUCCGUUAGCAAGUCUUGCAGCAGCUUCGAAUCGACUCGCGCUGUGCUUAUGCCCUCGCGAGGACAGCGAACCAUUACAUAUUGUUUUACUGGACCUGGAUGACCCUACUCGUACGAGGCGUGCAAUGGUGCCCAUAUCGCCGCCUCUUCGCGCCCCAUCAAGGCAGGCUGCUCGCUCGAUUAAGAUAUAUAUGGACCCUACGGCUACGCAUCUCCUUCUUUGUGUUGACACGCAUACCUACUAUUGGACACCAUCUUGGGCGCAACCACGCCUCGUUCAACGUCUGGAGAGUGUACCGGUCACCUCCGUAUCAUGGGGCCCGCCACAGAGCACACCGCCUGUCCCAUUGAGUGUGCUGCCAGGGCCUCGGCGAUGGAUCUGGACGCCACCGAUUCUUCUGGGCACUGCUCGUGGAGACCUCAUUGAGACUAUCAUCACAGCACAGAUUGGUGACGAACGGCCCGACCUACUCGAUCGCUGGGCCCGCCGCGCCGGCGGCUCGCACGAGCCGGCGCUCGAGCGCUAUGUACAUCAUCUCUUCUCCCUUUCCGAUACGCAGCCCGUGACAGGCCUUGAUUGGGAAUAUAAUGCGGAGCAGCAGGCGCUGAUCACAGUGGCGACGUCGUCACGGCUUUUCGAGUUUGCGGGCUCGUGUCGCGAAUCGACACUCGAUGGAGAGCCUAUCCUCAAGUCGCUUUUUACCGUUUACCAAACGUCGCCGCUUCCAUACGUCAAGACAGACUUGCCCGCUGGGCCAGGAGGGCUGGUGACUGCGACGCCCCCAUCCCGUCUUCCACAGGCCCCGCAGCGGGUGAUUUCUUGGCUCAGUGGAGCAGGGAUCUAUACGGCGCAGGCUCGGAACCUUCACGCGCUAGAGCAUGCUGAUCUGAUCUCAUUUCCAAGAGAGGACCAACCCUUGGCGUUAGGCUCUACCCCCUUGCACCAUGUGCUGGUGUAUGACGCGCGAGUGGAAUGCCUUCGGUCGCUCGAUGCACAGCUAGUGUACGAAGCACCUCUACCUUUAGAGUCCGGAGAGAGAGUACUAGGCACUGCUGUGGACCCCAUCUCUGGCUCGUGCUGGAUCUACACCGCCCGUACAGUGUUCGAGCUAGUGGUUACAAACGAAACGCGGGAUGUAUGGCAAUCGCUGCUAGCGCAGCGAGACUUUGAUGGAGCGCUGGCAUUUUGUCCGAAUGAUUCCGCCAAGCAUGCAGUGCUGGCCAAAAAGGCCGAUGCGCUACUAGCAGCCGGGCUAGCAAUGGAGGCCGCAACUUGUUAUGCAUCAGCCAAGGUACCGUCAAUGGAACAAGUGAUGCUAGCACUGAUGGACGCACGCGCCAACGAUGCGCUGCGACACUAUGUGCGUCUCUGCUUGGAUGCUUUGCCGCGUGACCAGGGCGUUCAGCGGCUUAUGUUGGCUACAUGGCUGCUUGAGCUGUACAUGGGAGCCCUCAGUGAGAAGGAAGAGAGUAUGGACAACGCCGCUGUUGAGUCGCUGCGGGCUGAUAUACAGCAAGUUCUUCAUCGGCAUGCCACUGCCCUGCAUCCACAUACCACGUACCAACUCUUUUUGCGUCAGGGCCGCAUGGACAUUUGGCUUAUGUAUGCAGAGAGUCGGCAUGAUACGCGGCGAAUCGUGCAGCAUUGGGUCGAUGCCCAAGAGUGGACGCGGGCGUUGGAGGCAUUGAGUGCUCAGUCUCAACCAGAGCUUUACUUCGACUUUUCGGAAGUGCUUAUGAAGCAUGCCCCUGCCGAGACUGUACAGUGCUGGCAGCGCUGUGACAUGCUUGAUGUCGGCCGUCUCGUGCCGGCCCUGUUGCAGUACAAGCCGCAGAAAGAUGACGACCAUGCGACCGACUAUGCCUUGUUGUACCUCGCCUACGCGAUUGAUGUACAAGGAUCGCGCGAUGGAUCCGCCUAUGCACUACGCCUAACACGCCUGGCUGCAAGUGAGCGACAUUGGCCAGCACUGCUGGCUUUCGUGGAGAAAGCGCCAUCAGAGUGCCUUGACCUGGCCUUCGCCUUGCGUGUCUGUGCGGCAGUACAAUGCCACGAAGCGUGUGUGCGUCUCUAUGCGCGCAUGGAGCAGUACGAAAACGCUGUGCAGUUGGCUUUGAGUGAGGGUGACGUGGACUUGGCUUGUGCCUGUGCCGACCUGGCUACUAACGACCGGGAUUUGCGACGUGAUUUGUGGCUUCAGUGUGCCAAGCAUGUUGUCCAGGCCCACCCAAGCAUGCAGGAGGUAAUGCAGUUCCUACUCCGCACAGACCUACUCACAGUGGAAGACAUACUUCCAUUUUUCCCUGAUUUUUACGUCGUGGACGAUUUGAAGGAGCAGAUUUGUGAUACCUUAGAAGGCUAUGUGACACGUAUUGAUUCUCUCAAGGAAGACAUGGACAAAACGGCUGCCACUGCUGCAAGUAUCCAACAUGAUAUUCAGCAACUUGGAGACCGCUUCAUUGAGGUGCCUGCGUCACAGCUAUGUAUGGCAUGUAAGAAACCACUGCUCCAGCGCCAUCUUUAUGUAUUUCCAUGUCGCCACGGCUUCCAUGCUGACUGCCUCACUGAGCAAGUUACGCAGCACCUGCCGCCUCGACGGCUUCGGCGCCUGUUGCAUUUGCAAAAUCAACUUGGUGCCCUCACAGCCAACGAAAAUGCCGCGCCGGCAGCAGAACCGACGAGAGGCAAGCCUUCGAGCGCUUUGUUGAGCAUGUCUUUAGAGCGCCUGCGGGAAAGUGUCUUGCCUCAAGUCAUUGUGGACGCUAUCACUACAGGCCUUCAAGAGGGCGUGAAUAGCACCAGGCGGGCCUUCUCUCUAAAUGCAGAAUCGAUGGAUACCACAACACCUAGGUGCAAGGCCCAGACUCAAGCACUACCACCCGAUACAUGGACCAAGAUGGAGGCCCUUCGGGCAGAGAUGAACACCAUCAUAGCUGGUGCCUGUCCUACGUGUUUACUAUGCGUCCAGCAACUUGCUACGCCUUUCGAAAACACAGGCGAGUCAGACAAUUGGUUAAUUUGA